AUGACCUCCACCAACCCCGGCCCUUCGGCCUCCCAACCCAACCUAAACCUUCCCAACCAGAAUCCCGCAGGCCCGUCGCCCUGCAACAACCCCCAAUGCGAGCAACGCGAGAGCCUCAUGAAACAGGAGAUUGACCGACUGCUGGACUGCAACGACAAGCUGAUCGCUCAGGUCAGUGAGAAGUCGGCGGAGAUCCGGGUUCUGCGGCAGAGAAUACGGGAGUUGGUCCAGGGGAAUGCUGCGGGGAAGAGGACGGAGCGGACCUGGCCCAUGGAGCUGCGUUCGUACCUAAAGAACUCCCAUCCGGUUCCUUCCAGGUAUGCCGAGAUCUACAAGAAAUGCUGCAUGGAGGAGAACAUGAGCACACAGACGCGUAUCGUACACCCCGACAUCAGGUUUGUGCGGCGAUAUGGCCAGUCGCUGCGGGAGUCGGAUACCGAGACCGAGAGCGAAGCGGAGGGUGAUGAUGCAGAUGCGAGAGAAGAAGACGAAGAAGAAAUCAUCGGCGGUGGCGGUGAUAGUGGAGAGUCUAUUGGUGAGGCGGUUCCAGCUCAGGAAGGCGAGAAACCCAACGACCACCCCUUCCCCUUCGAAAACCUCCCCUGGCCACUCCAAGCCAGAAUCCUCCGUCUCCUCCUCCACAAACCCAACACCAUCAUCCACUGCCUCUCCCGUCUGGACCCCUACUCCCAACCCGACCACUUCCCCUCUCCCGAAACCCUCGGCGAAACCCGCAGCGGCCUCCCCAACCGCUUCUACUGGGGCCCUCGCGAACUGAGUCUCUCCCAAGACGGCAUCCCCCCCAACGAAGUCCUCGCCCCGCUCUCCGUCAGCCAACGCUUCUAUUUCCUCGGCGCCCACAUCUUCUACGGCCUCAACACCUUCGCCUUCUCCAGCCUUGGUGAGUUAGGCCGUUUCUGCCAGGGCUCCGGCCUGCACCGCGUCGCGCGCAUCCAACACAUCGAACUCCUCCUCACCGGCAGCCAGUACCUCACCGCUCCCGUGCUUGAGAAUACCCGUCUCGGCCGCCUCGGCCGUGCCGCCGCCGCCGCCGCCAAUGCCCUCGGCAUCCGGGGGGACCGGAACUCAAGAGCCGCGCAGCAGGCGUCGCUACCACCGCUGUCCCGGCGUACGUACCCGCUCACCUGGCUAGCGCACACCAGCCGGCUGAAGACACUCGUCGUGCACCUCAACGAAACGGCGCGUUUCCACAUCCGCCGGGGGUAUGAGCACGACAAGGUAAAAGCCUUCUUGGCGCAGCACAGCGCGGGGCAGCCAAACACGCGGAUGACGCGGUCGCUGAGGUGUUUGCAGGGGCUGGAUUAUAUCUAUCAGCUGCGCGGGAUGGAGUGGGUGCGGUUUUAUGAUUUUAAUCAGGUGUUGCGGUCGGCGAGGAGUGUAAGGCAGAGGGUGAGGGAUUGGUCGUUUGAGGAGGAUGUGAUGAGGGUGGCGACGAUGGAGAAGGAGCCGCUGAGGGCGGAGCUGGCGGCUUUGGAGAAUUUGCCGGAGUUGUUGCCUGUGGAUGUUAAGGAGAAACCCAAAAGCCAAGAAGGGGAGGAGGAAGGAGCAAAAAGAGAGGGAGGAAGAGAAGAAGAAGAAGGAGAAAAGUGGCAAAGGGAAACUUGGAUGCCGAGGCCGGAUGAUUGGGCGUUGGUCAAGAGCGUAUUUGCGUACAAACCGGGCCAGUCCUCGUACGACGACAUGAGAAUGGCGAAGCGCAAACGCCGUGACGCAGCAGCAGAGCGCCGGGCGAAAUCGGCAUCGGCAUCGGCAUCGGCAUCACGCCGGGGCAGUAGCAGCAUGCGGGCGCCGUCGCUGGCGACCAUCUUCGAGGAGAACUCGUCCGAUUCGUCCGGCCUGGUCUACUCGGAUAGCGACGAUGAUGACAACAUGUCCUCCGCAACUACCUCCAUCAAGACAGAUUCUUCUGAUGACGAGGCGUCGUCAGAAUCGGAUGUGUCGUUGUCGUCGUUGUCGAGGUCAUCGGCCUUGUUCACGGCUUCAGAAGACUCUGGCGACCUCGGGUCGGACGGGAUUUCCUCCUCUGACUCCUCUGACUCCUCUAACUCCGACUCAGACUCUGGCUCGGAUCUUGACUCCUCCGAUUCCGACACCGGCUCGCGGCGUUCAUUCAACAAUAUCCUCACCACUCACCUCACUAACAGGCACACCACAUCCAACCCCCAAACCAAGAAACAACCCAGCCCAAGCCUAACCCCUAUGCCCAUGAUCAAACGCCGUGAAUCAACAGCAGCCACAUCCAGCCCCUCACGCAUCACCAUCAAACGCCGCGAGUCAACAACCACCUCCCCCCCUGAUAACCGCAACAACCGCGGCAUCCGCGGCCACAGUCGUGCCAGGAGCAACAGCACAGGCAUGUUUGUCUCGCCAGGCCCGAGUAACCCCUUUUUCGCUCGGGCCGCUUCUUUCCGCUCUUCCUCGUCAACCCCCGGGCCGGGCGGUAACAAUAACAGACCGCAGAGGGAGUCGAGUGAUGCGAGUGAGGGGUUGUUUAUGACGCCUGGGCCGUCGAAUCCGAAUUUGAAUCCAAAUCUGAUGAGUGUGCCGUCGUCGUCCAUGGGUGGUGGUGGUGGUGGUGGACUACUGGCUGGGAUGGGACGACAGCAUCAGGAGCUGGUUAAGAGGGAGAGACGGGGUACGACGCCCGUUGCUUCGCUGCCUGUCGCGCAGACUCAGGAGGAGGGGGUGAGCAAGUUCAGGCCAUUGAGCGAAUUGUUUCGGCAACGUCUGUCGUUGUCUUUGUCGGGUUCGUCCUCGGAGUCGUCGUCAUCUUCGGAAACUGAGAAUGGCGAUGAUGACGAUGACGAGGACAGCGAAAAUGACAAUGACAGUGACGGCGUCAGUGGCGUCAGCACCAAUCUGGGUCUGAGCGAUGACAGUGACGAGGGUGAUGAAGAUAUGGAUAUGGAUCUUGGGUCUUCGGACGAGUCUUCGUCGUUGGAUUCGGCUUCGGAGUCGGAGUCUGAGAAUGGAGAUGACAACGAUGAGAACAAUGGCCCCAUCACCUUCGUUGACGUCGCUAGUGCUAGGCUGGGCCUGAGUGAUGACAGCCAAGGGGAUGGUGAAGACGACGGUACAGAUCUUGGGUCUUUGAGUGAUACGUCUUCGACUUCGUCGUUGGAUCCGGAUUCUGAUUCGGAUUCUGUUUUUGGGUCUGGGUCUGGUUCAAAGACGGGCAGUUUGAAGCGGAAGGGUGAUCGGUUGAUGGAGCGUGAUGCGUCCCCGUUGAAAAAGGCGCGCGUUGAGAACUGA